AUGCAGGAGGCACAAAUUGCUUCCGUUCCACGGGGCUGCAGCCGCCGUGUCUUCUCAUUUUUCUGUUUUUUCACUGCCCUGUGGUGUUUUCCUUCAUGCCUUGCGAAGGAGGGACCUGAAGAGUCAGCCGCGGUCCAAAAGGCCCAUUCAUGCACCGCCGACGGCGAUGUGACGCUGGUGUUUCAGCCCGAGGAUACCCAAAAAUUGUUCGAGUGUCCAGGGGGCUGGGAGCUGGAACCCAGUGGUACCGGCAGUGCAUUCCAGGAUGGUGAUGAAAAGCGAGACCUGGGUGUCAUUUUCAAGGGUGCUGGCCUGCAGCAGUCUGGCAGUGUAUACACCUUGAGCCUUCCCGCAGGUGGCAACCGGGAGAAGACGACGUGGUACUACAACUGUAAAAAAUCAUCAGCCGAGAGCAACGGGUUGGAUUCCCCUAAUUUGGACUCCAAUGGGGCUUUGGACACUGAAAACGAUGAGCAGGCAAGUGAUUCCUCCUCAGUAUCCAGUACAACAACACAGGCCACGAUUACGUCCGCUAGUCAAACUCCGCAGCCGACCUCGUUGCCCGAUACCGCGGACACAGGCGUGACCUUAGCGAACGCCAGUCAGCAGAUCCAAACAUCCGCCGGCGACCGCGGUGAAGUUGACACUGAAGCAGUCAAUGGGCCAGAAGCGCCGCCGUCCCUCGUUCACGUCAACGGCUCAGGCUCUCGUUCCCAUCGCGGAGCUCGUCAGAAAGCACGGACCUCCUGCAGAAUCACGAUUGAAGUCAUCGCCUCCACUCUCCUUGAGUGCAAGGCAGGCGAAACCAAGACUGCCACCGUCUCAGCCGCCGGCGACCGAGUGGCCUUCAAGUGUGCAGAGGGGCUGUCGCUGAGGCCUGACGCUUCGGAUCAGGUUUAUGACGACCAGGACGAGCAGUGUUCGUCGCAGGUUGCUCUAACCAGCCUUGUAAACGGGUCACUGCUGAGUCUGACCGCGAAAAGUGACCCCGAGGUGAAGCCUGUGUCGCACGUUCUGCGAGUGAAUGUGUUGCCAGCGGAGCAACAGGCGUUGUGUUAUAGGUGUGUUGGCAGCUCGAACGCGGGUAGGGGCAGUGAACGGACGGCUGAGACCGCACAAGACUGCGUGAUCAAGGUCUCUGUGUCGUCAGCGGGUUCGGCGCUCUCGGGUGUGUCGGGCACGUCUCUGUGUUCGUCUGCUUUUGUACUGCUUGCCGUCGUCUCUUUUUUCUAA